AUGCUCGCGCUUCUGUCUGCUCUCUGUCUGCCCCUCACGUUGGUUAAUGCCUACGCAGACCCGGGCCCCUGCUCGGGAGACUGUUGGGCCCAUGAUCCGGGUCUCUGGCAACGUGAGUCGGACGGCAAGUAUUUCCUCUUUUCGACCGGAAAUGGCAUCCAUAUCAGCACCUCAGACGCCCUCCAAGGGCCCUGGAAGGAGGAGGGCUAUGCCUUACCCUCAGGCUCCUCCAUUGAUCACGACGGCAAUAAGAACCUCUGGGCCCCCGAUGUGCAUUACCAAGAUGGCACAUACUACAUGUACUAUGCUGUCUCGACGCUGGGAUCACAGAACUCCGUCAUCGGAGUUGCCAGCUCCCCGACCAUGGAAGUCGGUAAAUGGACAGACCACGGUAGCACGGGUCUGAGUUCCGACGGCUCACAAGGAUACAAUACCAUCGACGCCAACUGGAUUCAGAUCGAGGACACUCAAGUCCUGAAUUUUGGGUCUUAUUGGCAGGGCUUGUACCAGGUAGAUCUGUCGAGCCCACUGAAGAUUGGAAGCACCGCCCCGAAUAACAUUGCCUAUAAUGCAUCUGGCAACCACGCGAUUGAGGCGCCAUUCCUAUUCCAAUAUAAUGGAUUUUACUACCUGUUCUUUUCCUCGGGCAGGGCUAAUGGAUACGAUACCAACCACCCUGCGCCAGGAGAGGAGUAUCGGAUCAACGUCUGCCGUUCGGAGUCGGGUAGAGGUGAUUUUGUUGAUCAAAGUGGGAAGUCCUGCCUCGAAAGUGGAGGGACAACGGUCCUCGCAAGCCACGGAGUUGUCUACGGGCCUGGCGGACAGGGUAUUUUGAACGAUAAGAAUUUGGGCCCGGUUCUCUAUUACCAUUAUGCCAAUACGAAUAUCGGCCUAGCUGUCGAGCAGUAUCAGUUUGGGUGGAAUCGGCUGAACUGGAACGACGGAUGGCCCGUCGUAUAA